CCGGACCUCUAUGAGAGCGAGAAUCCCCGGGUCAAGGUCAGUUCUCCUGGAGCCGGCAGCGUCAAAAUGACAUCUCCAAGAUGACAAGUAAGAUGAAGUUCGUCCGGUCCGUGGUGAAAGCCGCCACUCUGGCCAACGUUCCCAAACAUGUGGACUAUUUCUCCAAGUUCUCUCCGUCCCCUCUGUCUAUGAAGCAGUUCCUCGACUUCGGUUCUAACAAUGCAUGUGAGCGAACGUCAUUCGUCUUCCUCCGCCAGGAGCUUCCUGUCCGACUGUCCAACAUCAUGAAGGAAAUAAACCUGUUGCCCGACGCUCUUCUCGCCACAUCUUCAGUCCAACUGGUUCAGAGCUGGUACGUGCAGAGCCUGAUGGAAAUCCUGGAAUUCCUCGACAAGAAUCCGAAUGACCGAAGCAUUCUGGAAUCGUUUGUGGAGGUUCUGGAGGGCAUCAGGAACCGGCACAAUGAGGUGGUGCCGACUAUGGCUCAGGGAGUGAUAGAGUACAAGGAUGCAUUUGGUCAGCUGGACCCAGUCACUGACCAUAACAUGCAGUACUUUCUGGAUCGUUUCUACACCAGCCGCAUAUCCAUCCGUAUGCUCAUCAACCAACACACUCUGGUUUUCAGUGGCAACACAAACCCCUCCCACCCGGACACCAUUGGAUGCAUCGACACCGCGUGUGAUGUAACCGAGGUGACACGAGACGCCUAUGACAGCGCCAAACUGCUGUGCGAGCAGUAUUACCUGGGGUCACCUGAGUUGGAGCUGCGACAGACCAACGUCAACAACGCUGGAGAGCCCGUUCGGAUCGCCUACAUUCCUUCUCACCUCUACCACAUGCUCUUUGAACUCUUCAAGAAUGCAAUGCGAGCUACCAUUGAGAACCAUGUGCCCUGCAGGAUUCUGCCGCCCAUCAAGGUCAUGAUCGCAGUCGGAGGAGAGGAUCUUUCCAUCAAAAUGAGUGACAGAGGAGGAGGUGUUCCUUUCAAAAAGACGGAGCGCCUUUUCAGCUACAUGUACUCCACCGCUCCCAGACCGUCUUUUGGAGAGAGACACCGAGCACCGAUGGCUGGCUUUGGAUACGGGCUGCCCAUCUCUAGACUCUACGCACGCUAUUUCCAAGGAGACUUGCAGCUCUACUCCAUGGAGGGUCAUGGCACUGACGCUAUCAUUCACCUAAAAGCCUUGUCCACGGACUCAGUGGAGAGGUUGCCUGUCUUCAACAAGACAGCUCUGCGCCACUACAAGAUCAGUUUGGAGGCCGAUGAUUGGUGCGUUCCCUCCAAGGAGCCGCUGGAUCUGGCUGUGUACCGAACGGUGUGAUUCAGCCACUGCAUAAUACCAGGGACCACAUUCUGUCUUCUGAAAGAGAGAUGUUGACCUGGAGGAUGGGGUUCAGUUUUGCGAGAAGUCAGGAGGAAAUCAGUAUGGAGUCGGAUCAACAUGUAUCUGAUGAUUUUUCUAUGAACAAGAGUGUGCAUCAUGGCUGACUGGUGAGAUCAUGCCCAGGCGCAGAUGGAUAUCUAGCAGGGGUUUCUGCUUUGCUUCCUCUUUCAUUUGUGUGGACCAUGAGAUGUCGUGUUCUUUGGGAUCGUACCCAUUUAACUGACCCGUGUUCUGUUAUACUCUGGAAUAAAACCGCCUGCAUGAAUUCAGUGCAUGUUCCGCUGGUGUUGCAGGCGAUGGCAGGAUUGAAAUUCUCCCUGUUCAGAUUCAAAAACACAGGCUGGCUGAUUCUCUUUUUCAAUGCUAAAACGCUGAAUGUUACUGAUCUUCAGCCUCUCCUUUGUGGGUUGGUUCUCUCUUCAAAAAUGUUGCAAUGUGCCUUAACCCGCUUCAGUCCAGCAAAAAUGUUUGAAUGCACAACUGUGUCUUUGUGAAGCCUGUGAAUUGUAUAUCUGUAUAUUUUUUUUAUAUUGAAUCGUUUUUAAAAUAAAGUAUAUAG